UCGACUCUCCAACAUAUACUAUAAUACCAUCGAGUUACGUGUUCGCCGCCUUGACGUCCGUACAUGCAGAUUCACUGUACGUGCAUGUACACGCGCACCGUAUUAUUAAUUGUCUGGUUGCCUCGAUUGUAACUGCCACCGGCACAACCACCCACACGAUACAUCCGCGAUAAUUAGUCUUUCUUUAUUAAUUUAUUAGUUAAUUAGUCUUAACGCCACGCUUACUUCUACGAUCUAUCGCGAUUAAUAUUGCGUUAACAAUAUUAUUUCGCAUCCUAUCACUUAAUUGCCGUCGUUUCGCAUAGAAUGCAAUACGAGUGAGUGGUUUCUCCAGCAUUAAUGGACUGUGGCUCACAAUUCGCCGAGGAUUAAUCAAAGAUCGACCAUUUUUCCACUGUGGAAGAGGAAUAUAAUACAACAACUGCAUCCAUGCACGUACAAUCGUUCGCUCUUUUGCUUCACAACAAGUAACGAUAGGCGCAUCGACUCGGGAACUCACGGAAUUUAUUAUUCUUACCGCGUUUACCUUAUGCAUGUGUGUAUACACAGGACAGAGGAUUCGUGCGUCGACUUUUCUUCGAUCAUUUAGAGUUAUUCCAUCGCCAAUUUGCGGAUAUGAGCAAAAAAAUCUCGAAGCCGAGGCAGAAGUUCAAGAGAUGUGUCGGACAGGCGGGAGCUCACUAUCGGGACUAGUGAUAACGCAGCCCGGAGGUGUGGCCCUUGUUGCUGUAUUCGAUUUCACUGGCAACAAUCUUGUUCGGUGAACAAGUUGAGCGUGACGAGGGCCGACAGUGGACAGUGGACCCUCUCACAGGAAAGAGAUCGAACAAUAAAGAAAGAUGAAAGCCAGUGCCUUCGUCACGUGCGUCACGUUCCUGGUGGCGACUACACCGGCGGCCAUCGACAAGCGGGCGAUCGUCACCUCAUCCUACCAUCGCUACGUCCGACCCAUCGAAGAGGAUAGCGACUACGCGAGGGUUUUGGAGCUUUCGCUGCUGUUCUACGAGGCGCAACGCUCGGGGAAGCUUGCACCCGAUAAUAGAAUUGCCUGGCGCGGAGACUCCGGACUCGACGACCGUGGUGACGACGGCGAGGACCUCACCGGCGGCUAUUACGACGCGGGCGACUUUGUGAAGUUCGGUUUCACAAUGGCCUCGACGACGACGCUACUCGCAUGGGGGGCCGUCAGUUGGCCCGAAGCUUACGCGAGACUCGGCCAGCUGGACGUGAUCCGUGAGGCCUUGAAGUGGGCCACCGACUACUUCAUCAAGUGCCACGUGAGCGAAAACGUCCUUUACGGACAGGUCGGCGACUUCACCGUCGACCACGCCUUCUGGGGCCGACCCGAGGAACUCAACACCAGCAGGCCCGUAUUCAAGAUCGACCCGGAGCACCCAGGCUCGGAUUUAGCCGGCGAGACGUCUGCGGCCCUGGCCUCGACGAGCCUCCUGUUCCGCACCGUCGACCCCGACUACGCGGAUAAACUCCUUCGGCACGCCCGGGAGCUCUACAACUUUGCCAAGGUGCACAGGGGACUCUAUCACGAGGCCAUCAGGGGCGCCGCCCAGUACUACGAGAGUACCGACUACGGGGACGAGCUCGCCUGGGCCGCGGCCUGGCUGUUCAAGGCCAGCAAUGAGACGAAGUAUCUCGACGAGGCCGAGCACCACUACCAACACUUUCAUCUGCGGGAGAGACCCAACGAGUUCUUCUAUAAUAAAAAGGUUGCCGGGGUUCAGGUACUCCUCGCACAAUUGACCGGCCAACAGGAAUAUCGCAACGCAGCCAAGGCCUUUUGCAAUUUCUCCGUGCGCCAGCAGAAACGGACACCCAAGGGUUUGCUGUACAUCGACAAAUUCGGGACCCUCUGCCACGCGGCCAAUGUCGCCUUCAUCUGUCUGCAGGCCGCUGAUUAUCCGGACAUCGGGGACCCUCAAGAGUAUCGGGAGUUUGCCAAACAGCAGAUUCACUAUAUACUCGGAGGAGCAGGUCGGAGUUACGUGGUUGGCUGGGGUCACAACCCCCCGACUCAGCCUCAUCACGCCGCCUCCUCGUGCCCGGAUAAGCCCACUGCCUGUGGAUGGUCCGAGUUCGACCGCAACGCUCCGAAUCCCCAGGUUCUGUACGGGGCCCUGGUCUCGGGUCCCGACGAGGCCGACCGCUUCCACGACCGUCGCGAGGACUACGUCUACACGGAGGUCACCCUCGACUAUAACGCCGGAUUCACCGGCGCACUCGCCGGUCUAUUACAGCUGCAGGCCAAGGCCCAGGCCCACCCACGCUAAAAAGAGGAACGAGCCGAGAAUUAAUUAUUAAUCUGGCGAAUUCGCAGAGACGAGAGCCAUAAGCUUUCCACGCGUUCGUCAAUUUCAAUUCGCUCGCCAAGUAUUCUUAUUCACUAUUUAGCGAUCUUAGCUGAGCAGACUUUUGUGCCUUUCAAUAAGAUAAAUAGCGUGUUUUAAAUGUCCAACUGGAUCUAUUGAUGGACGGGUGAUGCAAAGGAUAUCGUUCCUGUAAGCGGAUUAGCGAUAACAAUGUGCCGGGAAAUACACAUUCUUUUGAAUAAAAUAAAUGUUUCUAAAAUGCUAUCGGAAAAGGGUUUUAGCAAUUACACUGAAUAUAUUUUUGACACAGAUAAUGUGCCGGUAAUGUUGUACAAAAUGAUUUUGUUUAAAAAUAAAUACUCUAAAAAGUUUUA